AUGCCGGGAAUGAAGAUGAGGACCAUCGCUGCAUCGAUAACAUACAAGUUCUUGCGUCCUAAACAACUAAAACGUCCAUGGAGGACUGCAACAUGGCAACGCGCAAGCAAAUUAGCAGUGAUUAUUCCUGCGGUGGGUGGGGCAACGACCUCCCCGCGGGCGAAGAUAAGGGAAAGCACUGCAAGAGCAAGUCGUCGCCGGGGUGUGUCAUCCUUACCGAGGAGACAGCUGCCGAGCAACAACCACAUAGAGCUUUACCAGGUUCAGCUACCAAGGCUGCAGAUGGAAGGCAUCAGCGCAGAUGGUGUUGUGUUUAGUCACUCGGAACUCCUAAGGAUGAAUGCUGGGGAGAGAGCACUACGUUACAAUAAAGAGUCAUGUUGUGUUUGUGCAUGAAUAAUGGAUACCGUUGCUUGCUCCUACGUUCCAUUUUCGUCCAAGCUCUGCUAUAUAUAUAUCUUCUGAUUAUGGUCAAUGUCGCAUCGGGCAACCUGGGUUUUCUCUUAUUUUCUUUUCUGAAUGUAUGCAGUAAUUAAUAAAGAAUCAAACUUAACUA